UUCAAAGUGAGCGAAGCCUUUUUCCCCAAAAAUACUCUCUCACACGCUCUUACCCACAUUUCUUCCUUCUUCUCUCGGAGAAACCCGGCGGCGGGUUAAUGGCAAGUCCCGACACGGCGGAGUCGACACCGGCGGCGGCGGCGGCGACGGAGGAGGAGGCUCAUCCCUAUGCUUUUCAUGUAUCUGGACCGCGCAAUGUUAUUUCUCCUAAUUGGCGAGAUCUCAUUAAUUCGAGUUGGAAGGACGGGAAUUACAAAAGAACCGUCGUUGCAUGUUUUAUCCAAGCAGUUUACCUGCUUGAACUAGACAGACAAGAGAACAAAAGCAACAAAGAAAACGCACUGGCUCCCAAAUGGUGGAUCCCCUUCAAAUACAAGCUAGUACAAACCUUGAUAGACGAAAGAGAUGGUUCCAUAUUCGGUGCAAUACUAGAAUGGGAUAGGUCAGCAGCCAUGGCUGAUCUAGUCCUCAUCAGACCCAGUGGUGCACCAAGGGCUGUUUUAGCACUAAGAGGUACAUUACUCAAAAGUCCGACGAUCAGACGGGACAUCGAGGACGACCUUCGGUUUCUUGCUUGGGAGAGCCUAAAGGGUUCAGUCCGGUUUAACGUAGCUUUGAAGGCACUGAAAUCAGUUGCUGAGAGCUAUGGAAGCCACAAUGUUUGCAUUGCUGGGCAUUCCUUGGGCGCUGGGUUUGCUCUACAAGUGGGGAAGGCCUUAGCUAAAGAAGGAAUCUACGUUGAAACUCAUUUGUUCAAUCCUCCUUCUGUUUCAGUGGCUAUGAGCUUGAGGAACAUAGGGGAAAAGGCUGAGUUUGCUUGGAAGAGGAUCAAAUCAAUGCUUCCUUCAGGGAGUGAAACUACAGGGAAUAGCAGCAUGGAAGGGGAAAAGGCCAGUGGAGGGGGAGCUGGUUUCAAGAACUGGGUAGCUAAUCUAAACAGGUUGAAGAAUCCUGGGGUGGGAAUUGGGAAGUGGGUCCCACAUAUAUAUGUAAAUAAUAGUGAUUAUAUAUGCUGUUCAUAUACUGAAUCAGAUCAAGUAGAGAAAAGCAAUGAAGGGAAAGAGAAUGUUAACCCUAAAAAUGGGAAAGCAGCUGCAGCAGCUGCAGCAGCGAAGUUGUUUGUAAUGUCUAAGGGAAAGCAGAAGUUUCUUGAAGCUCAUGGAUUGGAACAAUGGUGGUCUGAUGAUUUGCAGCUUCAGCUAGCUCUUCAUGAUAGCAAGCUUAUAAGCAGGCAGCUUAGGUCUCUGUACCCUAUGUCAACAGGACAGCCAAUACAGGGAAAUCCGGGUAGGUGAAGUUAAGUUUUGGGGAUUUUUGUGGCUAAAUAACUCGUUUUCGACUUCGGGAUAUGUCGGUACAGUUCUUAUAAGCAGGCAGCUUAGGUCUCUGUACCCCCUAUCAACAGCACAGCCAACACAGGGAAAUUACAGUAAGUGAAGUUCAGUUUAUGGAAUUUUGUGGCUCAAUAACUCGUUUUCGACUUUGGGGUAUGUCGGUAUAGUUCUUUUGGUGUCGUGUCUCGUGUUUGUUGCUUCAUUUGGAUUGUGUUCAUCGUGAAUAUAUGAGAUUUUUCUCUUUGUGAUUCUUUUCAACUCUGUUUGGUUGAGCAAAUCAUCUUGCAGUGUCUUGCCAUAAACUAGACAGAUACAUCAUUAUAAAGACAAGUUCUAGAUUCUUUUCUGAAAUAUGCAAUGUUUGAACCUAGUGGAGAGAGUUUACUUA